AUGCAAGAAAUUAAAUCUAUUCUGUAGAGUGAGAUCAGAAGUCAUGAUUAAAUAGAAGAAUUAGAAGAAUACUUUUAUAAAUAAUUCGAUUACAUUCGCAACUUGAAAUCUAAAUUAGAUGCACAUUUAUAUCUAAUGUUAUUUGAAUAAAUCAAAUACGAGAAAUUUCCACCAUUGACACCUAUAUUUGAAGCAGGAGAUAUAGGAAGAAGAAUGUAUUUUAUAAUUGAGGGUACAGUUGGCAUAUUUAAACCAAAAAAUGCUGAUGCAAAACCACAUCCUGGUAAAUAUCACAAUUUUCAAGAAAUUACUGAUAGACGAUAUUUCUAAUAUUAAUUUGUUAAUAUAUUAAAAGCAGGAACAUAUUUUGGUGAAAUUGCAUUACAUUAAAAGGGACCAAGAAAUGCUUCUGUUUGUUCUAUUACUAAAUUAGAAUUAGCUUACAUUACUUAUGAUACUUAUCAAAAGAUAUUAUCUUUAGCAGGAUAAUAAUAAAAUGAUUACAAAUUUAACUUUCUCAAAUAGAUAUCACUUUUUGAAGGUUGGAGAGAUAGUGCUCUAUUAGUUAUGUUAAUGAACUGUGAAGAAUAAUAUUACUCUCCUUUUACUUAUAUUUUUAGAUAUAAUUAACCCAUAGAUUAUGUUUAUUUUAUAGUCAAUGGAGAUGUCAAAUUGAAAGUAUUUAAAAAAUCAGAUGAAUUUGGAGAGUAUAAAACUUAAAUUAAUAAAAUUGAUGGAAUUACUCAUCUUACUACUAAUCAAUAUUUUGGUGAUAUGGAAUUAUAUUAUGAUGAUUCUUAAAAUCAAUUAAGAAAUUCAGAAGCUCAAACAUAAUCUACUUGUAAAUUAUUAAAAAUUUGUGCUCAUUAAUUUAUUGAAAAUUAUAGACUUUUUUCUACCAUUUCUAAACCAAGGGCUAUUUCUUAGAGAUAGCAACAUCAUCGUAGCUCUAUGUAAAAAAUUAGAGAUAAAGUUAUUUCUUAACAAAUAAAUUUAUAAGUUAUCAAAGUUUAAGAUCCUCCAAAAUAGAUUGAAGAUAUUCCAUUUCAACCUAUUAUUCCAUAAAUACCAAUCAGAUUUAAAGUUAAAUUUGGUUAAGUAUAAUCUUAAGAUUAUUUAUCUCAAAGAUCUUUAUUAUCUAAUGAUAUUUUAAAUCCAGAUAGAUUACGUUAAACUUUUGGCUAUGUUCCUAUGAAAUGUAUUGAUUCUACAUUUAUUAAUUGUGUUAAAUAAAUGAGAAUUUCUAAGAAAUCACCCUAAAGAAGAAGAACCUAUAGUAUUAAAUGA